UGACUGGAUUGUGAGCUCUACUGACUCCCAUCAGAGCACCCAAGAAGAAAAUGGCUAUGAGGGGAGGCCUGGUGUUAGAAGUUUUCUUAAUAGCUGUAUUGAUGAGGCCUCAGGGAUCAUGGGCUAUCAAAGAGGAACAUAAGAUCAUCCAGGCAGAAUUCUAUAUGUCCCCUGAUGAAGCAGGAGAAUUUAUGUUUGACUUUGAUGGUGAUGAGAUUUUCCACGUGGACUUACAAAACCAGCAGACAGUCUGGAGGCUUGAGGAAUUUGGACAGUAUGCCAGCUUUGAGGCUCCGGGUGCACUGGCCAAUAUAGCUGUGGACAAAGCCAACCUGGGAAUCAUCAUGGAGCGCUCCAACAACACUCCGGACACCAACGUGCCCCCCGAGGUCACCGUGCUCUCCCACGGCCCCGUGGAACUGGGAGAACCCAACGUCCUCAUCUGUUUCAUUGACAAGUUCUCCCCUCCGGUGAUCAGUGUCACGUGGCUCAAAAACGGAAAGCCCAUCACCACGGGAGUGUCGUCGACAGUCUUCCUCCCCAGGGACGAUCACCUGUUUCGCAAGUUCCACUACCUCCCCUUCCUGCCCUCUACUGAAGACGUCUAUGACUGCAAAGUGGAGCACUUGGGUUUGGAUCAACCUCUCCUCAAGCACUGGGAGUUUGAGGAGCGAAGCCCCCUCCCCGAGACUACCGAGACUGUGGUGUGUGCCCUGGGCCUGAUUGUGGGUCUGAUGGGCAUCACUGUCGGCACUGUCUUGAUCAUCAAGGGCAUGGGCAGAAGAAACACCGCGAGACCCCAACGGCCUCUCUGAUCACAUGAAGGUGAUGGCCUUUCUUAGAGAGAAGAUCAAUGAAGAAACCUCUACCUCGAUACCUUUCCAAAGCUGGAAGUACUCCAACUGUUCACCUGCACGAAGAGAGUCAUCUUUGGCAUUUUCCAGCUCGGAAGUGCAAGAGUGGCGAUGCCUUCCCCAGCCGCUCCGUGCUCUAACGUCCCCCUGGGCUUCCUGUCUAUUGCCCUUCCUGUGUUUGUGUCCCCUCCACUUCUCACAGUUUUAUUAUCACCUUGAAAUUCCUCUGGAACAAAUCCCGUAAGAGUCUCUCUACUAUGUAACUUUCUGUUGCAUGGGACUAGCUAUUGUUUGUCACUUGGGGUUUUCCCAAACUGUGAAUUUUAAACAUACAAUAAAGUAUUUUUAUGAAUUGUGGUGGA